GCUAAAAUCUUUAAUAAUAACAAUCAUAUACUCUACACAUUACAAUAAACCUCUCAUAUAAAUACGCUCUAACGUAACGACUCUCUGAACUUAUAUUGACACCUGUCAGUUCGACAGGGAAUGUCAUCUGUCAACUUUAGAAUAUACCGUCCGUCUUAAUCGAUAAACAUUCAAACUUGUAAACCUAUUUUAGAUAACGAAUUCAAAUUUAAUAUAGUUUUAAACUCCACACCACAUAUCUCUUCCGCUCCGCUGAUAUGAUAAGUUUUGAGUAUACAAUUCAAAGUCUGGCUAUAAGACGCUUCAAAAGUGACCGGUCACUGAACCAAUCUAACUUUCAAGUUGGAAUCAGAUUUAAGCCAUUGUCAAACAGAACGCGUACUUAACGCCGCGCUCUUCAAACUGAAUAGAUGAGUCUAACGCUCCUUGACGCAACGCAUUCGCCAAAUCAUAGUGCCUUUCGAUAGCAGUGUGAAAAUUUAAAAGUAUUAAGAAAUCGAGUGAUUCAGAUGUGGCAUUGUAUAAGCAUGGGUAUUUUCUAACUAUUUAUAUCAUUUUUUCGGGCAUUAUCCAGUAUUUUAAAUACACAUUCACUCGGACGCUAAAAUAAAAAUUGUAAUAAAUUACAACGCCUGACGUCAAAGCGUCCUAACGCCGCGACAAAGCGCUGCGUACUUACAGCGCUGGGGCUCUGUUUGACGGUAUGUUACCAUAGUAGUACAACACAUCUCGGCGUCAUAGCGCGGCGUUAGUUGGCGCUCCGAUGCGCGCUAAGUACGCGUUCUGUUUGACGAAGCCUUUAGGAUGAGCUCUUAAGUGCAAGUUUUCUUGUAAUAAUUUUUAUUUAAGGUUAUAUUUUCUAGAUUAUUUUGUACAAAGUAAGCAUUUUCAAUUUUUUAAUAAUUAAUUACUUUAGUCGAAAUUAUAUUAAUUUAGCUCUGUAUAUUUUAGUUCAUUUAAAAUUGCUACAUUCAUACCAUACCCUUUGCCUACACCAGCGCCACUGAGAGAGGUUUUUGAACCUUUUUUUUUGUUGCUUAGAUGGGUGGACGAGCUCACAGCCCACGUGAUGUUAAGUGGUUACUGGAGCCCAUAGACAUCUACAACGUAAAUGCGCCACGCACCUUGAGAUAUUAAGAUCUAGUUACAACGGCUGCCCCGUCCUUCAAACCGAAACGCAUUACUGCUUCACGGCAGAAAAUUUUUUGAACUGUUAUUUAUAGUAUACGGUUGAACACUUAACUUUUCUCCAUAAUGAUUCUUAUUACCUCUGUACUCCAUAAAAACACUAAAUGCAUUUACCAUUGACUUAGUUAAGACGGCACAUAUUCACUGGUGGAAGGACCUCUUGUGAGUCCGCGCGGGUAGGUACCACCGCCCUGCCUAUUUCUGCCGUGAAGCAGUAAUGCGUUUCGGUGUGAAGGGUGGGGUAGCCGUUGUAACUAUACUGAGACCUUAGAACUUAUAUCUUAAGGUGGGUGGCGCAUUUAUGUUGUAGAUGUCUAUGGGCUCCAGUAACCACUUAACACCAAGUGGGCUGUGAGCUCGUCCACACAUAUAAGCAAUACAAAAAAAAAAAACUACCCCCGUAUGUUAUUAAUAUUGUGAACGUAGUCAUUCAUAGUUUAUGAACUGGAUGAGUAUUAAGGGAACGUUUUGAAUCCGAAGUGAACUAUAGUAGCAUUAUUUUGUCCGUGCAGUUUGGGUCAUAAAAAAUCGGAGCGGUGAAGCGAGUAUUUCGCUCUCUCUCUAUGAUUGAAAGAUUACUGGUGGCCCGGAGGCCUUUCCAGCUUCACCAGGACAGGUGGGCGAGCAAAGGCUCAGCCAAGAGGGGCGGGAUUUGCUAACAACUGCCCGAGCGCCUCCGAAGGAGACCUAACAACUCAAGAGCAACUGCUUCGCGAAUGAAUCUACUACCGGAUCGGAAUCGCGACCCGCUGAGAAGAUCCGGCGAGAAACUCAGCGGGCUGAUGCAUGGGUCUCUUCCACUCACGAGCCUUAUGGACGGGCAUAGUGAUGCGCAUUAUUGUUGUCGAUAAGCGUUAUCGAUAGUGUAUUUCGUUUUGUCAUUUUGUGGGUUAGUGAUAAAAAUGAAAGUAAAAAUCACUAAUCGAACACUUACACCAGAUAUCGCCGCAGCAAGUCAACGAGAACGGCAGAAAUUAGCACUAUGUAACUUUUCGGGAUCUAUUUUCAUUUCAGUCAAAAAAUUUCACACAUUGUUGAUAACAACACGCGCAAAUAUUAUUUUGAAUAAAUUCUGCCGUUUUGAUACAAAACAAAGGAGUAGCCAUUGUGUCGCUAAAGAAAUUCAGAGAACGAAUGCAUAGAAACACAUUUCUCCUCGACAUAAUGUACUAUAAUUUGCAGGUAAGUACAAAUGUACAGGUAAGUACAAAUUUCAAGGUGGGUGGCGCAUUUACGUUGUUGAUGUCCAUGGGCUCCAGUAACCACUUAACACCAGGUGGGCUGUGAGCUCGUCCAACCAUUUAAGCAAUAAAAAAAAUUUAAAAAAAAUGACUCGUAGCAUAACAAUGUCUCACCACCCUUCGUAUAAAUAACUAAUAUUGAACAAACUCUAGGAGAAUUCCAUAUGAUCUCAGAUGACUUGCUAAUUGAAAAAGAGCUGACCAGUAUCAAAACAAACGGAAAAUACUUUUUGUUCCCUACUACAUUAAUUAUGUGUGUUCUUGAUAACUUGCAGACACGAUUCUACAUAAGAUUACAUGUUGCAAUUAAAGAACAAAAUGAAGGACUAAGAGGUCUUUUAAACCAUUAUGACCGUCUUCACUCAUCAUUGGUCUUACUUAGAUCUAAGUAUAAAAAUCACUUCUUUGAUAUCAUGAAGAACUGGGAUGCUUACUGUAUAGGAUGUACAGUGUCAGAUGAAGUAGAAGAUCUAGGGUUUAAAACAUUAAAGGAUUCGAUAGAGGCAGAGUUGUUCGAAAAAUACAAUAAACAUGAUAUAAGAGAUAUAUUAGAUUUAAUGUCCUGUCUUAACAUAUCAAAUAACCGAGAUAUUGCAGUCCCGAUCUCUCUUUACUUCUCAAACUUGAGCAAGAAUUAUGGUCAUCCAAUAUUACAUCCAACUGAAGGGAUCGAAAAACUCCGUUUGAACUCUAAAAAACAGAUCCCAGUUGAUGAUAAUAUAGCGAAGAAAGUUUUGUGGAUGUUCAGAAAGACGUACUUUAUGAAUUACUUUAGGAAGAAAGGGAACUAUCCACAUCAUAAAGUAUUAGGAGAACUUCACCCAGUACUAGUUGAUUGCUUGAAAGAUGAAAGAGUAUUAACAGCUAAUGAAUUAAAAUCAUUACCUUUAUCUGCCUGGGGAAACCUGAAACUGGAUAAAAACCAUGACAUGAGUUUAGAAAUAGAUGAAAAGGAAUUGUUGAAAGAUACUGCAUGCUCACCCCCAAGAGAAGAAUGGUUUCGACCCUAUGAUCAAUGUGCUUUCCAAAAUCUUUACAAUCAAAGAAAACCUAGGAGUUGGAAUGAUUUUGAACCUCGAGUGUUAUCAAGAUACCUCAAGGGUGAUGAAGGAGAAUUAGCAAGAAAAAUAAUGGAUCAAGAAAAUUCAUUCUAUAAUCACUUGCGAGAUGAUAUAGUGCAACUUUGUCGAAAGGAAAGAGAGUUAAACAUCAAGGGCAGGGUGUUCUGUAAGCAAACUUACGAGAUGAGACUAAUGCAAGUUUGUAUGGAAAAGUCUCUAAGUGACAAUAUUCUCCCAUAUAUAAGAGAACAAACUAUGACUAAUACUGAACUUGAAGUUGCAAAGAGGAUGGAUAAAGUUGCAUCUCAUCUCAAAGAAAAAGGUCAUGCAAACCUUAAUUUAGAUCUGAGUUCAUGGAAUCAACUUAAUCGUCAUGAAUUAAAUAAAUAUUUAUUUCAAGAAUUGGAUGAUUUACAUGGAAGGAAGAAUCUUUAUUCUGACUCUCAUUUAUGGUUUAAUCGCUGCAUGGUAUUGCUUAGUUCUAGAUUAACCCCUCCAAAAAUAGGACCAGACGGCGAACCAUUAGCAGGAGAUUAUUGCCAUUACAACCAGUUUGGAGGAUUCGAAGGAAUGAGACAAAAAGCGUGGACACUAACAACAAUAAUGAUCAUCAAAAUUGCGUUAGAAGAAUGUAAUAUCCAUGGUGAAGUAAUGGGGCAAGGAGAUAAUCAGAUAAUCCACAUAAGAUUGAGUACUGAACAACAGGGCAGACCUCAUUUUUAUAUUAAACUUCUGCUCAAUAGCUUGGAUUAUCUUUUCAUAUCCGCUGGUCUCUUAUUGAAACUCCAGGAAACUUGGUAUUCUCAAAAUCUGUUUGAGUACUCAAAAGUUAGAUAUUACAAGUCAAUCAGAAUCGAUGAUAGUCUCAAAAGACUCAAUAGAAUGAUACCCGAUAUAAAUGAAGGAUUUCCAUCUUUACAAUCCUUGAUUACUGGAGUCUCUACCACAACCGAAAAUAUGUCCAGAAAUUAUGUCUCUCCGGUCACACCUUUUUUCCUUUACUCGCUAGAAUUAGGUAACACUCUUAAACGGAAAGGUAUACUUGAUCUUAAGUCCAGAGAGACAGAUAAAUUAUGUGCCCUGAUGAAUAUUCCCUCUAUUCUAGGGGGAUUACCUCUUUCAAACAUGUAUCAACAUUGUCAGAGAGGAUGCCCUGAUCCACUAACAAUCUGGCUUAAAGUUAUUGAGACUAUAAGAAAGAAUAGUCCUAGAAUAUAUAAUCAUAUAUUACACCUCAUUCCAUGUAAUAUUAAAGCUACUUAUGAUCCUGUCAAAUUAGUAGAAGAUAUAUACAGUUUGAAUAUUGUCGGCAUGCCAAACUUUGAAAGAAAAGCUCGAGAAAUUAUCGAAGAAUUUCUACCCACCUAUGUCACCAACCCUAAAGUUAUAAGAUUAUUAGGUGCAGACCGUUCAGAUCUGGAAGCAUUAUGUAGUAUUUUGACUACUAUGAGACCAUAUGUUGCUAAUCUGGCACAUGAGAUUCUAAGAAAUUCAAAUGAAGGAGUCCAGUUACAGCUAAUAGGGAGUUUCUCUAAUCUUCAAACAAUCAAUCGGAUGAUAAAUGAGGAUCCAAAUAGAACAGAGACGAUUUUCUCUUUAGGGAAAUUCAAAGAUGCUGAGGCCAUCGAGGUACUUAAGAAAAGAUUGAUCAAAUCGGAAUUACCGGUCAAUGGAACCCAUCUUUUAGAAAGUGCCCUUUCCUCUAUUCCUUGUACUUUUAAAGCUUCACAGUGGCUCAGAGAGACUACCUGGGGAUUUCCGAUUACUGGGAUUACAAGUCCUGUCCCCUGUGAACAGGUUAAAAUAGAAGAUUAUGACACAGCAGAAAAACACCUUAAAAAAGACUGUAUAAUUGUUAAAACAUCUUACAAACUUAAAACUGAAGGGAGAAAUGCACUCAAGGUUCGAGGACCAUUUGAACCUUAUUUGGGCUCAUCGACCCCUGAAAAGAUGAUCAAACCAAAAUUGACAGUCGUUAACCCAAAUCCUCAAAUCAAAUCAGUGAUGAAACUGUACUAUAUUCUUACAUAUUUAGAAAGAAUGGAUCCUAAUAGUGCUCUAAUUGGGCUUGUGAAUAAAAUGAUUCAAGAAAAACUUAAAUAUUUACCCACUGAAUUUAGUCAAACUCCUCUCUCAGAUUGGUGUGGAAGGAAUUACGGCGGGAGUUAUGAACACAGGUUUAAAGCUUCUUCCCAGAAAAGGUCUGCUCUUUUCUCAUUAAUGGAAAACCUUGCAACACAUGUCACUAUCAAUACCAACCUUCUUGGAAAAGCACUCAGAGGAAAUGAAGAUUACAACCUAUUUUUCCAAGAAAUUUUUCUUUAUAUACAAAAUUAUGUAACUGAAUGUGCGAGUAGAGGAAUACCUAUUGCCGAUACAUAUGCAGUGCCUUUAAAUUGUCCGGAUUGUACUUAUUUAAUUCUCAAUACACCUAUAUCAAUAAAUCUCCAACACAUGAGCUACCAAUCAAGAAUGAUUCAAGAUCAAGUUAACUCUAAAUUAAGUAAAACUAACUUGACAGAAAGUAUUCAUAUUUGCACACUCGCAAUGUCUCUAUCUGUAGGAAGGAAAUUAGCAACUGCACGUCUCCAUGACCCAGAAGUUCACAAUACAUUGGAAACAUUUCAAGGGGUCAAGACUGAUGAGUCAACAGAAAGAACUAGUAGCAACUUAAUGUCAGAAUUUCGUAAUGCGAACAUAGACUAUGUCCUGGUUGGAGCAUUACAAGGAAGCAAGCAGCUAGUAGAAUUUGUAAUAGGAAGCUCUAGAGAAUAUCCUGUCUCGAUAUUCGAACACUUAUCUUACUUAAUAAUCAACAGUGAGAGAAUGCAAGAAAUACUUCAACUCCUAGGAGUUCCUAUAGAGAAGCACUCCUCAGUGACUCAAACAAGUGGACUAGCAAAGAUACUUGCUAAGUCAACUCUAGAGUAUAUCCGAAAUAGAAAAGGAAUGUUCUUUAGAGCCUGUGCAUUUACCACGUUCUCCUCUGACUUAAUUUCUAAACAAGCUUAUUUCUGGAGAAUCUUUGUAGGACACCUUAUCCAUGAAGAUUCAAGACUAACAACCAUCCAAAAAAGAGGGAUUAUGAGAAUUCCUCAAUGCGGAGGGUCUAAUGUUCACGAAUGGAGAUCGAAGGUCCCUAUAGAUCUAACAAAGGGGCUCUCGGUUGAGAUUAAAUUCGAAGAAACUGAUGCAAUUUCUGUUUGGCGUGAUCUCAAGAGUGAGAUAAGUGAACACAUAGAGCCUAGGUUUCCCUUAUCCAGCCGAUUCAACAAAGAGAUGGUCAAAGAUAAUGAUUCUCCACAGAGAAUCGAGAUUAGUGAGCCAUUAAACAACUGUUUCCACUUCUCUUUUGACUCCCUGCUAGAACACGGAAUGACAGAAAGUCCAUUAUGGGUAAAGUGGGUUCAUCACUGCACCAGACAGGUUGGAAGAAUUAGUACUUCAGCAUCAAAAAUUCAUCAAGUAAUGAGUUAUUAUCCAGAAAUACUUCCUCAAGAGGGAUUGAUCAUCACACUAGCAGAGGGAUCAGGAGGAAUCCUCCAUUACUUCUCUCACUUGUUCACCACUUCUCAUCUGAUUUAUAAUACAUUGCAAAGUGACAUCGUCGAAAAUAAAGAGAAUGUACUCAACAUAAGUCCUCCAGCAUUAGUCGGAGAUCAAUGUAGUCCUACAGAUAGACUAUUAUACUUAGAGGAAACAUGUCUAGGAGAAACUGAUAUUACAAACAAAGCUUUCAUUGAAAAAUUCACCACUAUAAUACGGAGCGAAAAUCAUGCAAUCCUUAUUCUCAAUAUGGAUGCAGAACUAAAAACAGAUCUGACUAACACCGACAAAUUGGAUAUAUACCUUCCUUUAGUUAGAACCUAUCUAACACCUGCAAGUUUAAUUAUAAACAAAAUGUUCAUCAAAUCCCAUGACGAGUUAACUCACAUAAGAUAUCGGUGCAAGUCUCUUGGAUAUCUUUGCGACUUCCACAAACCAUCCGCCAGCCAUCCUCAUAAUGAUGAGGUCUAUGUAGUUUGUUUUCUGGAUUUACAGAAUAACUACAUAGAAUCACAAGAACCCAUUGGAGAACUUCAUUCUUUGAAUUGGAAACUAGCACAAAAAAAGAUUCAGCUGUUAUCAACAAGACCUAACAGGGUAAAUUACCUGAAGCACAUAUUAGGACAGGCCAAUGAGAGUCUUCUCAAAAGUGUAAGGAGUCAUCCUUGUGUUUGGACAGUCAGGGAGAAAUAUCAAGUCGAAGAAAUUUCAGAACACUUUAUUACGAAAAGACAUCAAAGGAAUUUAAUCAUGUGUCUUCUCGCAAUAGAAAGAAAUUCUGAAGUUAUAGAUUAUCAUGAAAAGAUCAUGGUCUAUAUACCAUUUGUUAACAAAGAACAAAUAGUAUCUCUUCUUGUAUUAUCUGUACUAACAUCACUUUAUCGAAAUUUUGACCAACUCGUUUCAAUCUUGGACUCUCUCUCGAUUUUAGAAGUCAAAUGUAACAUCAUACCACCGAAGAAGAUCGAAGUGAGCUUAGUUUUGAUAACUGGCCCAGAGACUUCAUCUCGAUCUGUUCUUGGUAUCCUAGACCACAAAAUGAAAGAUUACUUCAGGACUUUGCCGUUCUUCCGCGAUCCAGCAAAUCCAAGAGUCCCCGCUUAUACCUUAAGAGAUGGGAUUACUAAAAUGAGAGAAGCAGAACAAAUGAGAUAUGAAGUUGAGGCAAAUCUCAAAGAAUUGGUUAGAGAAAGCGAAUGUGGAUAUUCAAGUUACCUUCGAAUUCUAAGAAGAUAAUAGAGACAAGUUUUUUAGUAAUAGUAUUAGAAUUAGGUAUUGAUUAAAUUAAGUGUUUAGAAAAAACCCGAUAGAUUUAACUGUCCAAUAAUUAAGAGGUUGAACUCUUCAAAUGACUUUAGGCCUUUCUUCGUUUUGUGACGCGUUUUAUACCGCCCCGCCGCCGUGUACCUGCCUUCGAUAACUCAUUUGUUUUUAUCGAUAAUGGCGUUGCACCCGCGCAACAUGCUCACCGCCCUAGCCGGCCUAUGUUUUAUGACCCAAACUGCACGGACAAAAUAAUUCUACUAUAGUCAAA